UUCUUCUCCUGCCUUUGCUGUAUCUGGUCAAGUUCCUGCCAAGAUGUCCUGCCAGCAGAGCCAGAAGCAGUGCCAGCCUCCUCCCAAGUGCCCCUCCCCAAAGUGCUCCCCAAAGUGUCCCCCAAAGAGCACAGCCCAGUGUCUGCCUGCAGCCUCUUCCUGCUGUGCUACAAGCUCUGGGGGCUGCAGUGUCCCCAGCUCUGAGGGAGGCUGCUGCCUGAGCCACCACAGGCGCAGGUCCCACAGAUGCAGGCGCAGGAGCUCCAGUUCCUGUGACCGUGGCAGUGGUCAGCAGUCUGGGGGGUCGGGCUGUGGUCACAGCUCUGGGGGCUGCUGCUAACUUGGAACAUGAUGCUGAGAUCAGGGAGUCUGGAGGAAAAAAGAAUCCCAAAGGUCAAAGAGAGCCCAGCCUGUCUUGUCUUGUCUGAUUCUGCAGAGCAUUCUCUGCUUGUAUGAUGCCCAGGUCCCUUGUUCCCACCCUUACUGUGGAGUCCCAUUGCCUAUCACUGAUUCUGACCAAGAAUAAAGCUUCUAUCAACCGUCA